GUCCUCAGACUCUCUCUCCCUGCAGCCUACAUGGAUCCAGACUACCUCUGCGAUUACCCAGCAGCCCUGGCGCCGCCGUCGCCUCGGCGAUACUCGCCGCUGCCCCGCGGCAUCAUGGGAGAGGAGGAGUACUCCAGGGAGCCGCGGCGCGUCGGCAUCCAGCGGGGGGCCACCGGGCUGGGCUUCAACAUCGUGGGGGGGGAAGAUGGAGAGGGCAUCUUCAUCUCCUUCAUCCUGGCGGGGGGGCCGGCCGACCUGAGCGGGGAGCUGAGGAAGGGGGACCAGAUCCUGAGCGUGAACGGGGUGGACCUGAGGUUCGCCACACAUGAACAGGCAGCAGCAGCUCUGAAGAACGCCGGGCAGACGGUGACCAUCGUGGCUCAGUACAGACCAGAGGAGUACAGUCGCUUUGAGGCAAAGAUCCACGACCUGAGAGAGCAGAUGAUGAACAGCUCAUCAGGCAGCCUGAGAGCCAACCGCACCUUCUACGUCAGAGCCUUGUUUGACUACGAUAAGCAGUGGGACUGCGGCGUUCUGUCUCAGGCUCUGGACUUUAACUUCGGGGAGGUUCUCCAUGUGAUGGACAGCGCUGACGACGAGUGGUGGCAGGCCAGAAGACUCAACCAGCAGGGGGAGCUAGAGGAGCUGGGAUACAUCCCCUCCAAGCACAGGGUGGAGAGGAAGGAGUGGUCCCGCAUGAAGAGUAAAGGUAGAGACGGUUUCAUCCACAGCUACGAACUCGUCACUCAGAUUGAAGUGGACUACGCCCGUCCCGUCAUCAUCCUGGGUCCGACCAAAGACCGGGUCAACGACGACCUGCUGUCUGAGUAUCCAGACAAGUUCGGCUCCUGCGUUCCCCACACCACCCGUCCCCGUAGGGACUACGAGAUGGACGGGCGGGACUACCACUUUGUGUCGUCACGGGAACAGAUGGAGCGGGACAUCCAGUCGCACCGCUUCAUCGAGGCGGGGCAGUACAACAACCACCUGUACGGGACAUCAGUGCAGAGCGUCAGGCAGGUGGCCGAGCAGGGGAAGCACUGCAUCCUGGAUGUUUCAGCCAACGCUGUGAGGCGUCUGCAGGCGGCUCACCUCCAUCCCAUCGCCAUCUUCAUCCGCCCGCGCUCCCUGGAGAACAUCCUGGACCUGAACAAGCGUCUCUCAGAGGAUCAGGCCAGGAAAGCUCUGGACCGAGCCGUCAAGCUGGAGCAGGACUUCCUGGAGUGUUUCACAGCCGUUGCCCAGGGCGACAGCUUCGAUGAGGUCUAUCUCCAGGUGAAGCUGGUCAUCGAGGAGCAGAGCGGACCGUACAUCUGGGUUCCUGCCCAGGACAGACUCUGAUUGGCUGGCCUCUGUCUCCAUGGCAACCACCAUCACCUCCUCCAUCUGCUGUGGGCGGAGCCACAGGACAUGGACAAUUUACACCUGAAAAGGACGAGCUCAGACUGCUGUAACCAUGGCGACCACUUCCUGUCCAGAGAGACGAAUAAUCCUGAUAACGAACCAGAGACUGUAGGAGCAGAUCCAAGUAUUUAUAGAAACAUAUUUAUCAUUAUUUAUUAAGACUUUCUGUGAUGUGGAAGUGGGCUGUGUGUGUGUGUGUGUGUGUGUGUGUGUGUGUGUGUGUGUGUGCAUACAGACUUGUGUGACUGUAAAUAAAACCAAGGGGCUCAAACACACAGUCUAUUCAGGGCUUAAACUACCACACAACCACUGGACUACAACUCCCACAAUCCUCCUCUUUAGGACUACAACUCCCUCAGCUCUCCUGUCAGAGCCGGCCCAAGGCAGAAGCAACCUAAACCAAACUCUGAGGUCUAUCAGAGACUCCCAUGACUCGUCAGAUCUAAAAUAUUUAGAUCUGAUGGUUGAGAAAAAGAUCAUUUUUUUUUAUUUUUUGUAUUUAUUUUAUUUAAUGGUUUCAUAAGAGAAAUAUUUGUUUAAAAUUUAGUUUCAGUUUACUUUGUAAAACAUCCACAUCAUCCUCCAUCUGGACUACAACUCUGUUUGGAUUCUUUCUGUUUUUUGGACUACAACCCAAUGCUCCUCCUGUUUGGACUCUAACUCCCAUCAUGCCGUUCUGUUGGGCUGAAGGACUCCAUGUGAUCUCAGCAUCACAUUUCAUAUCAAGUCUUUCUCAGAUGCAGCCUCCUGCAUCACACAGGACUACAUUACCCAGAGUUCCCUGCUCCAUGGACCCUGGCAGCAGCAAUGAACUGCUGGCUCAGCAGAAGACAUUCGGACCAAACUGGACUCAAAAAGAACCUUUCAGUCCAUCGGGAUCCUCAGAACCUCUGAGCUGGUUCUGUUGCUGGAACGGGUCAGGCUGGAGAUGAUCAGGAGGGAAAGACUCCUUACACACACCUGGACACACCUGGACCAGAAGAGGCUGCUGGUCUCAAAGCUUAUUGUAAAAACAGAAAAGUUAGUUAUUAAUGAAAUUCAAAUAUUUAAUAAAUUCCUUAUAAAA